AGUUUCACUAUCGUUUGAAUAACAUCUUUAGAUUAUAUAAUUUAGUGCUGAGGACAGUGCAAUAAUUAAAGUCCAUCGUCAAAAUGAGAUUGGCUAUCGUUCUUGUAAUAUUGGCGUUUUGUUACUGUGGUUCAUAUGCUGACGUGAAUCGCUGCAUCUGUUUACAACCAGGAGAUAUGGACCCUCAAAUUGAGGGCCACAUAAACCCUUUUCAACCGAGACCACGAAGAGACGAGGCAGGGAUCCAGUUUUCUGAAGACCCUGAAAUAGCAGAGAGCAAGAAAAAGGAAAAUUCGGGCAAAUAUUCAAAAUUGAGAGUGGGGUUUGGUUCACCCCCUCCUAUUAGAUCACGACGCGUACCUAAAUCUCAAGUUCUCCAUAUUUUGCCAGAAUAUAUCAAAGAAGAACCGCAAUACGUUUACGGAGAUUACGAUAUUCAAGGUUGACCAAUAAGUAUGACAGAAUAAAGAUUCUCAUUAAAAAGUUUUAUAGCAAAAGUAUGUGGAUGAAACAUUUUUGAACACACAUUUAUUGACCCCGGCUUGACUUAUGGAUAAAGAAAGAAACUAUUGAUGUUUUAGCUUAAAAUAUCUUCUUUUUAUUUUAUAAAAAUAUUUAGGGUAAAGUUUAGAAUUUAGAUACCCGUUUUUAACCGACUUCAAAAAAAG